CGAGGCAGCGCAGCUCGACACACACACACGGCCACAGACAUGAAUCACCUCCUGGUAACUAUUAUUAUUCUUCAAACUUUCGUCUGUCUUCUGUCUCUGUUUGUGUGUCUGCAGCUUCUGGACUCGUGUCAGAAAGUUCCAGUUCUGGCCAGCCGUGCCUUCAGCAGCUCCGCCAGACAGCUGAGGAACAGAGUCCCCGAGGCUCAGAAACUCUUCCAGGAGGACAACGGGUUGCCAGUCCACAUCAAGGGGGGAACCUUUGACGUUGUGCUCUACCGGGCGACCAUGACGCUAACUCUUGGAGGAACCUGCUACUCUCUGUACUGGCUGCUCAUGGCCUGCUUGCCUCAGAAGAAAGCAUAGAGAAGAAACCAGCCCCGGGCUCAGUCUAACGCAUGGAGAACGACGCCUGGCUUCGUCUAACACUAAUGUUUGUUGUGUACAAUUCUAUUUGAUUUUAUGACAAGUCGUCGUACUUUGAUCAUGGCAAAGAUGAAUAUGUAAAAAGUGUAAAAAGAUUUAAUCUCAA